AUGAUUGUUUUGUGUCUUGUUGAUUGCAUUCCCUUCAUUGGUCCUGUAUUGGUGUUUUAUUUCCGUGUAACUUCAAAGGGGUUUUUGGCUCACCGAAGAUAUUUCGUAUUGAAAGGGUACAACAAAACAAAGAUGAAGCAAGCCUUCAAGGCAAACCGACCGGCUUACAUUGCCUUCGGACUCGCUGCCAUCUUGUUUGAAAUGAUGCCAUGGGUCGACAUUUUGAUCAUAUUUACCAAUACAAUUGGAGCAGCUUUAUGGGCUGUGGAUAUGGAAAACAAAGAGAGACAAGCUUUACAUCAAAUCGAGGAUGAAUAUAUUGUUGAACUUGCCUCCUUCUAG